AAUUGCGCUUUCUUUCGCGAAACAACAGGACCGCGGGCAACGAAGCAGUCGUUGAAAGUUUGUGGACUUUUUUGGUGGAUUUUGUGAAAAGUUUAGAUUUUAUACGAUUUUGAAGUGUAAAGUGGACGUGUUUGGUUAAAGUUUCAUCGGGACAAGUUGCGUAUAAUGUCGGAUUCGGAGGAUAUCUUUGUUGGAAACACAUCGGACGAGGAGGAAUAUGCCUCCGUAAAUAGCAGCGUCCAGGAACCGGAAUCGAUUAUUAUCGAAGAGACCGAUGACGACGAGCACGUCGAAGAGGAAGAGGAAGAAGAGCGAAUGCUGCGCGAACGGCUCAAGAAGCGCCAAAGCCGCCGCAUGUCGUUCCAUCCGAAGCGCUCGAGCAGCAGCAGCAGUUCGAGCAAAUCCGAGGCCGAAACCGUCGCCAACGAGUCUUCCUCCGACGAGUACGAGGUGGAGAUAAAGCCUGGUCCGGUGAAGGUGUCGGUAAAGGUGCGCAGCUCCAGCGAGAGCGAAGCUGGUUCGGAUGCGUCCGGGAGUGAGACGGACGACGAGGAACGGUCGAUGGACGCGAGGGCGUUGUCACCGCGGACGCGGAUGUCGAUAUCGGGGAUUCGGCCGGAGGACAUGACGUCGGAUGAGGACGAUGAGAUUAUUAUGCAGCGGAAGAAGACCGGUGGCAAGCGGAACGUGCUGGUUUCGGAUGAGGAGGAUGAGCAGCAAGGCGAGCGGGAGGAUUCGUUUGACGAGAGUUUGCCGAUGAGAAGUUUCGAUGCGGAGGGGAAUAAGCGCGAGUCGAUUAGUUCGAAGCUGUCUUCAACGGUCGUUUCGGAUGAUGUUAAGGACACUAGUAGACGGGACUCGAUCAGCACGAAGUUGUCAUCGACGGCUGUUUCCGAGGAGGAGUUGAAGGAUGAGCUGGGCAAUUUGUCGAUUGGAGGUCGACUGUCGACCAGCGUGCGUCAGUCGAUCGGGAACAAGCUGUCUUCGACGGCGUUGAACUCUUCCGAGCAGCACACGUCCGAUCUGAAGAGCGAUGAUACUUCGAGCAUUGCAUUGAUAGAGAAGACGGCGGAGGUUGUGACGCUGUCCAGUGAUGAUGAAAAGCCGGACAAGCCGACGACGUUGGUGCAGUCGACGAUUCGGGCGGCGUUCGCCAAGCAGCAGGUUUCGCAGAGCUUUUACGAAUCUAAGCAACGGAAGCUGGCCGAUUCGCAGCAAUCGUUGGCCACGAUGGAGAAGCUGAUGCUGGCAAAGAACAGCCUGCCGGACAAGGGCGUCAAUUUGAUGAAGCGGAUUGUUAAGGCGAAGGAGGAGCUUGCGGGAUUGGCGAAGGAGUUGAACGGGCUGGAAGUGCAGGAAUCGAAGAGUCUUCGGAACGAAAUUCGGCAGAGUUUCGAAAGCACGAACAAUUCGUUGACCAGCGCGAAUGCCAGCGUAAAAUCGGUCAAGGACGAUGACAAGGUGAUCAACAUCUCGUGGGAUGACAUCAAGAAGGCCGCGGAUCAGAUCGUGCCGGUGCACACCGGAAAGCAGGGAAUGGCCACGUUCGAGAACCAGAAAACGCUGACGAUGGGCCGUUUGGAGACGCUGCACAAAUCGAUAGAAACCUGUCCGACGGAGGACACCUACGCGGAACCGCCAAAGCUGCUGAAGAUUGAGCUGAUGAACCAUCAACUGCACGCGCUUGCGUGGAUGAUGUGGCGCGAAAGUCAGAAACCUCGCGGAGGAAUCCUGGCCGACGACAUGGGCUUGGGCAAGACGCUCAGCAUGAUUUCGUUGAUCCUGAAAUCCGCCGAAACGGACGAUCCGGACAAAGAACUUGAGGAGAGCGACUCCGACGAGGAGGAGGACAACAACGCCGGUUGGAAAGCGAAAGGUCGUAAAGAUUAUUACGCUGGAGGAACGCUGGUCGUCUGUCCGGCCUCGUUGAUGCGCCAAUGGGAGGGAGAAAUUACGACCCGGGUCGCGAGGAACAGCAUGGCGGUCAGCGUGUAUCACGGCACCAAUCGUGACGCCAAAUCGCGACAUCUCGCCAAGUACGACGUGGUCAUCACGACCUACAACAUUGUCGCACGCGAGGGGAAAGGCGAUCGUGGAGGUCUCUUCGGCGUCAACUGGGAACGAAUCAUCCUGGACGAAGCGCACACAAUCCGUAACCACAAAACGGCCGUUUCGGUGGGCUGCUGUGCGCUAAAGGGUCGUUAUCGCUGGGCCCUCACGGGAACCCCAAUCCAAAACAAGGAAAUGGACAUUUACGCGCUGCUCAAGUUCCUCCGCUGUACGCCGUUCGACGAUCUGAACCACUGGAAGAAGUGGAUCGACAACAAAACCGCCGGCGGAAUGGUUCGGCUCAACACGAUCAUGAAGUCGCUAAUGCUGCGAAGAACCAAGCAACAACUGAAGGAAAAAGGCGCCAUCCAAUGCCUACCGGAGAAGAACAUCGAACUCAUCGAGGUGCAACUCUCCAAGGACGAAAUGAACGUUUACCAGCGCGUCCUGCUCUACUCUCGAACCCUCUUCUCCCAGUUCCUGCACCAGCGUACCGAAAAAGAAAACGCCAACCACUACGGCUACGCCGGAAGCCAAGCAACCUACGCCCAGAACCGCCAACCCAACGGCGCGUUCGAUCGCGUCCACCAAAAGCUCAAGCAGCUCCACACCAAGGACGACGUCAAGCAGCACGAGAUUCUGGUUCUCCUCCUCCGCUUGCGACAAAUCUGCUGCCACCCUGGUCUCAUCCACAAAAUGCUCGACGACGACGAAGGAAACUUCCACGACGUCAGCGGCAACAACGAAGAAGCCCCCGAGCUGGAUCUGCUCGCCCAGCUAAACAACCUCAAGCUAACCGAUCCCGACGACGCCGCCAACAACGACUCGACCGGCGCCCUGCGCGAACUCAACAUCUCCGACCAACUGCCGGAAAACACGGAGGCCCUCUCGAAGGCGUCCUCCAAGGUGAUGAUGCGCUCGAAUCCGGUCUUCGACAUGGAUCGGGUCAGCUCGAAAAUUGGCGCCGUCAUCCGGCUGCUGGACGAGCGGGUGCUCAAAACCAGCGAUAAGGCCGUGGUCGUGUCCCAGUGGAGCAGCAUGCUGGAGAUUGUGGCGCAGCAGUUGCGCGUGAAGGGGGUGCGCUUUACGGCGCUGACCGGGGCGGUGCCGGUCAAGCUGCGCAACGAUCUGGUGGUGGAGUUUAACAAGGAGGGCGCCGGACCGAAGAUUAUGCUGCUCUCGUUGACGGCAGGCGGCGUCGGCCUGAACCUGGUCGGAGCGAACCACCUGAUGCUGCUGGAUCUGCACUGGAACCCGCAGCUGGAGGCGCAAGCCCAGGACCGCGUGUACCGGGUGGGCCAGAAGAAACCCGUCUACAUCUGGAAGUUCAUGUGCACGGACACGGUUGAGCAGAAGAUCAUUGGGCUGCAGCAGAAGAAGCUGGACCUGGCGACGCAGGCCCUCACCGGCACCAAGCACACUGGCAGCAAGCUCACGAUAGAUGACCUCAAGUCGCUGUUUGGGUUGUAGACAAAUCUCUCUCUCGGAAAGCAGCAGUUUGUGGCCGUUGAAUCUGUGAUAUCCGCGUGUUUGGGAUUUCCACCUUGAGAAGCAGAAUCAGAAGCGAGUGUCGUUGGAUCGAUUUGGUGUUUCGUAAUGUAUUUUAUUGAUUCGAUGUACUGUUUUAUUCUUAGAGUUUAGAAAUAGAAACGAGAGUGGUGUUGCCCACAUUCCAAAACCAUGGUAAGGAA